AUGUCAGAAGAGAUUAAGAAGACCGUUGAAGACAAGGUCGAGGCUGUCAAGGAAGCUGUUGCUCCUAAGACUGAGGAGCCUGUUACCAAGACUGAGGAAGACAAGAAGGACGGUGCUGCUCCCGCCUCCAUUUUCGGUUCCUCUUUCAAGCCCACUACCACUGGUGCUACCACCAAUGUUUUCUCCAUGUUCGGUGGAGCCAAGCCUGCUGCCGAUGCCGAGUCUAAGACCUCUGCUGACAGCGACAAGAAGAAGGAUGAGGAGGACGAGGACGAGGCUCCUGAGUCCCCCGAUGUGCACUUCGAGCCUGUAAUCAAGAUGGAGAAGGUCGAGGUCAAGACCAACGAAGAGGAAGAAGAGGUUGUUUACAAGAUGUAA